AUGGGUCCCCAACUGCAGAGGUUGGCCGAGUCUAAACUCAAGUGCAAAAUCAGUCAGGCUUGGGGACUGACCGAGACCACAGGAGCAGUCACUUGGCUCCCUUGGGAUCGGGAAGACACAACUGGCAGCACAAGUCAAUUGUUACCAAACACACGUUUGAAGAUUGUUGACGGGAGUGAACGUCCUGUCCAAGAUGGUCAUUCGGGUGAAAUUCUGGUUCGUGGUCCUAACGUCAUGCUUGGGUACUGGGAAAACAAAGAAGUCACAGCACAGGCCUUCACCGCAGAUGGAUGGUUUCGUACGGGGGAUAUCGGAACGCGCAAAGAUGGCAAGUUUUAUAUCGUUGAUCGGAAGAAGGAAUUGAUCAAAUUCAAAGGGUUGCAGGUAGCUCCAGCGGAUAUUGAAGCAGUUCUCAUUGAACAUGACCAAAUUCUGGAUGCCGGCGUUGUAGGGAUACCAGAUCCUCAGCUUGCCGGCAAUGAGAUCCCACAAGCCUUCAAUCGUCCGAAAACCCGGAAAGAGUUCGAUAAGCGAAGAAGACGUCAAAAGGUAUAUGUCAUUCCUCGCAACUUGUCCGGGAAAAUCCUGCGCCGCAAGUUGGUGCAGUUUGAAGAGCACGAGAGGCCCUUGAAGCUGUAA